AUGGCAAAUAUGAUUAACAUCUUCUCGAGAUGUUACGCAGUGGUCCACGCAGGAGCAAUGGUCGCGCUGGUGGCGCUAUUUUUAAAUUAUUUCACCGGCCUGGGUCUGAGAUCGCAAAACCAAAUGACGGGAGCCGUGGACUACGUGAAGACCCACGAAUUGAUACUGGACAAGUCAAAGGUCGACAGGGCACUUUUGGAACUAAAACUAAGCUAUGAUCUAAGAGGAGCGUUCGACUGGAGCACACAUGUGCUCUUCCUGUACGUGACGGCAAACUACGAAAACAACCGCCACUUUAGAAACGAAGUCGUGAUUUACGACAGGAUAAUCAAGAGCUCGGAAGAAGCGUUACUGAAGCCAACGAACCUCAUGAGUAAAUACUUCCUGUACGACUACGGAAGGAGUCUAAGGAGCAGGGACGUGAGCCUGAAAAUGUACUACGAGAUCGUCCCACUAGGAGGGUUCAUAAAGCAGUACCAGCUGGACACUAAGUCGUUCCAGAUGAGUGACUCUUACAUCACAGAUGACGACUAA